UAUACAUGAGUUGACCAAGUCUUCGUUGAUAUACGAAUUUCGAAGAAGUGGUUAUAAUUGUGCUGCUCGAUCUUUGCUGUUGCCUCCUUUUCAAACCACUUCACUUGGUUAUGUAUAGUGGAAAUAUAACCGCACAAAUCCCAGAAGCUAGAUGAGGCGAAAUUUAGUUAGCAAAUUACAGAAACUUGGGAGAAUUCAAGCAUGCGCAGAUCACUGUUAUCUUCACCGAUUGAAAUUGCAAUUGCAAUUGCAGCUGGGGUGAGUUGCUUGCUGGUGAUGAGCGCAGCUUCCAGUAAGUGCAUUGAUGGGGAAAGGGAAGUGCUCCUGAAGUUUAAGCAAACCAUUCACGGCAAACUACGCUCUUGGGACAGCCAAAAUGAUUGCUGUGAUUGGAAGGGCGUUGGGUGCGAUAACCUUACCGGGCAUGUCGUCAAAAUCGAUCUUUCCGGUAUGUAUCUGUCCCCGAAAGUUAGACAUACCACCAUUCCAUUCAUUGAGCUGCAAUAUUUGAAGUAUUUGGAUCUUAGCUCUAACUAUAACUUGCUGGAAAACCAGACCAUCUCAUCAUUGAUUGAGAACAACAACAACAAUAAUAGUAAUGGUAAUAGUUUAGUUUCCAUUCAGCAUCUCAGCCUUAGUCAAACUGGAAUCAUUGGCACCAUUCCUGGAAAUUUGGGAAACCGCCUGCCUGCCCUCACUCACCUUAAUCUCAGCAUGAAUGGGUUAGAAGGUUCUAUGCCUGAAAAUUUUGGAAAUAGCAUGUCUGCCCUAACACACCUUGAUCUCUGGGGUAAUAGUUUAGAAGGUGCCAUUCCACAUUCUUUGUUCAAUGUGUCAGCACUGUACCUUUCUUGGAAUAAGUUCACUGAACUCAACUCCCUAUGUGACAUUAAAGCUGUUGCUGCUUUGAGGAUUUUGGAUAUCUCGUUCAAUCAUCUUUCAGGAACGCUCCCGGAUUGUUGGGAAAAUCUCCGUAGUCUAGCAUUUCUCAACUUGGCAAACAAUCACAAUCUGUCGGGGAGUCUUCCGACUUCCAUUGGUUCAUUGGCUUCCCUGGAGGGAUUGCAUCUUGACCAUAAUAAUUUUACAGGCACUCUACCAUCAUCCAUGAAAAUCUGCUCCAGCUUGGUAGUUUUACAUUUGGGACACAACAAGUUGUUAGGACCAAUACCAGAUUGGGUGGGUGAAAAUCUAACACGACUCGCUGUACUUGUGCUAAGAUCCAACAAGUUCAAUGCAAGUGUACCCUCAAGUCUUUGUCGUCUCCAAUCACUUCAACUGUUGGACCUGUCAGUGAACCACAUCUCAGGGACGCUUCCCGACUGUCUUUCUAAUCUCACUGGAAUGACCGUCCAUGAACCACAUCCCAGUGCCACUAUUUCUUAUGAAGGUGUUAGCCAAGGCGACACAAUAGAUAUUGUAUGGAAAGGUCAGGUCAUUCAACUUCAAACUACAUUAGGACUCAUAAAGAGCUUUGAUCUAUCAUCCAACAUGUUGAGUGGUGAGAUUCCAACUGAAAUCACAUCGCUAGAUGGGUUGGUUUCAUUGAACUUAUCACGAAACAAUCUAAGGGGACAGAUUCCUCCUAGGAUUGAUAACUUGUCAAACUUAGAGACUCUUGAUUUGUCUCAUAACCAUUUGUCUGGUAGCAUUCCUCAAAGCCUUGCCCUUAUUCAUCGCAUGAGUUUUCUCAACGUAUCCAACAAUAACUUAUCAGGAAAAAUCCCGGAUGGCACUCAACUUCAUAGCUUUGAUGCAAGUACAUACACGGGGAAUCUCGGGCUAUGCGGAGAUCCACUCCCUCACAGCUGUCGAAGAGAAUCAACUCACCCUACUAUAGAAGAAGCGGAUAAGUUUUUUUGCCAUGAGUUUUACGCAAGCAUGGGGGUUGGAUAUGCAGUUGGAUUUCUGGGAGUUAUUGUGAACAUUCUAUUUAUCAGGUCCUGUAGGUUUGCAUAUUUCAAACUCCUUGAUGACUUCGCUAAUUGGGCUUAUGUUGUGGCUGCAAUCCACAAGGCAAAAUUUGUGAGAAUACUUGGGGGUUAAACACCUUUGUCUUACAAGCAUUUUUUGCCCUUGCAAAUGCAUUGACGCAUAGAGCUAGCUCAGGUCAAGUCUUCUUUUAUCCUACUCCAUUGUGAUUCGAAUUUAGCUUUUGUCAUCACACAUGCUCUAAGAAGACAGUAACAAAUAUUUUUUAUGAAUGGACUCUCUUAUUGUUUUUCUGAUGUGCUUCAACUUGGAAUAUACGUAGUAGGUCAUAGGUGAUGAGGAAGAGUUUGAAUGAGUGGAAGAAGAAAUUGCUCAGAGUGUAUAAACAGUCCAUGAUCGAUGCAAUAAGAUGUGAUUGAAUCAGCCAAUGCAGCCACUUCAGCCAAAACUUCAUAAAUUUCAGCGGAAUCAGCCAAAUUAGCCGAUUUUGGUGCUACCAAACGGGCUCAAAGAGUGCUAUAUUGCAUAGGGUAAACACAAUGCACAAGGCAAACCCAAAUUUGAUAUAAAGGAUGUUCUAAAAAUUAAUACUGUCAAGGGUAUUUAAACCCAAUAAGUACAACACUUCAUUAUUAUGGUAUAGCUUCUUAUGCUCAUAAAAUGUGGACACAGUACAAGUGUUCUAGUUUUUAUUCACACUUAUAUUGUUUUUAGAUUAGUCAAGAAGAAAUUUAUAAAAAUCUGAAGUUGAAUAUUAAGAGUACAAUUAUGUACUAGAGUUAUGUUAGAGAAAGGCUAAGAGCUCGUUUGGUAACACUGGAAUUGAUUGAAUUUUUUUAAUCAUGAUUAGAGCAGGUGAAUUGACUGAAUAUGUUGAAGACUUGAAGUAUGAAAAAUUAUACUUUCUUCGUUCUUAAAUAAAUGCAACAGUUUCCAUUUUAUAGCUUCAAAAUAAUUACAAUGCAGGUGGAGGGGUGUUUUGAACCACUUUUCACUUUUUCUAUUACAUAAAACACAGUUUUAUAAAACACUAUCAACUUUACUUUUUCAAAAGCAUUUUUUUCUCAAAUACAAUCAACUUUUACUAUUAAGCGAUUAUUAAAAAUCACUUUAUUAAAUUAGAAACAAUCACAAACACUCCCUUAAUGAAAAGCUCUUCCUAAGGGCAUCACCAUCCAUGAGAUUAUUUGGUGAUUAUUCUAAUGACAUGGCAGAUUAUUUCGGGGAGCAUGAUUGAGUGAGAGAAAGUAUUGGGAAGGAUUAACUAACAGAAAAAAUCAGAGAUCAAAAUAAGAAACCGAAUUAUUUUGAGAUUAUUUAUGAAAUUAGAGUUAAUUAGUCAAUACAAGACCCACAAAAGACCAGAUUAUUUCGGGAUGAUGGUUAAAGGUAAUUCAGAGGGGAUGAUAUUAUUUCUAAAACAAUUGUGGAGCAAAUAUUAAAAGGUAAGAAUCGCAAAAAUCAGAUUAUAUUAGAAGCAUGGAUGUGGAUGCUCUAAGGGCAAAUUAUACUGUGGGAUCGGCAUACCAUGCUCAUGGUACACCAAUCCCAAUACGGUGACAUUUUUCUUUGAUCACCACGGUCUCAUGGUCUCUUACUCCCCCAGCCCACCAUCUUUCUUUCGUUCUUUUUGUUUUUUUACUUCUCAUCAAAAGUUAACAAUCAUUGAGUCCACUAUUUCCAAAUGGUUUUUUUUUUCUAAUUCAUGACCAGUGGAAUGUAUUAAGAGUAUUAUAAUUUUCUGAUCCAAUUUUUAUCAUUUCAAAAUAAAUUAAUUACGUUUUUCUAUCUCAGUCAUUAAUCAUACACUUCUUUCUAUUUUCUUUAUUCAAAUGAAAUUACAAUAAAAUUUAUUUUUUAUGUAACGUUUUUUUGUAUUUAUACAUUUCUUUCAUAAUAUAUUUUUCAUAUUCA